AUGUCCGAUGACGAUGCGCUCUGGCAACCUCGUCAACAAGGUUCUGACACUACGACUAUUCCGGCUCAUCAAGUUCCACGAUGGCAAUCUAUUCAAACACCCUCUGAACAACGUGAUGCGCAAAACUCAAUACGAGCAUUAGAGGCCAAGUUGGCACGAGUACAAGCACGUCAUGUUCCUCAAGUGCAUGUGGAUCCCAAUGAAGAUGAUGAUGAAGAUGAUGAUAUGGACGAAUCGAGUGAUGGAUGCUCUGAAGAACAGGACCAAGAAGGAUUACAUUUGUUAUGGAAGAAGGGUGAUCUUGAUAAUGCAUUACGGCAUCGCAAAGUAGAAGAACAAUACACAUGGCACUGGAUCCUCGCUUAUAUACCUCGUUGGUGUUCAUGUUGCUUUAUCCCGAGAAAUACUACGUGA